AUGAAUGUAUUGGUAAUUCUGGAUCGAUCCGACUCGGUAAAAGGUGGAUUCAAUCGAAGCCGCGACUUCGUCGCAGAUGUUUCCAAUGAACUCAACAUUGGUCCUAAUGCGCAUCGGGUGGCAAUGAUAGUAUAUUCGGGUUUGAACUAUCGACGAGAGGUUUUCAAAUGGAAUUUCGCGAAGUCUACUGCGGAUUUUCAAAAAACUGUCCGCGGUUUGCGUGCUAUUGGUGGAACAACGAAUACAAAAAAAGCUCUCGAACUCGGGCUAGAACUAAUGGAUUCACGGAACAAAACGAUUCCGACAAUAAUUAUGGUUGUUUCGGAUGGUCGCAGUGCAGACGAUCCAAAAGAACCAGCUAAAGCCCUUCAGGACAUCCCAAAUACUUGGGUUUUUGCUGCGGCUACUGGUGAUCCACUGUUGGCCGAUCGGAAGGAGUUGACCGUUAUAACGGGCGAUGUGAAUCACGUAAUUCUGCAAAGUGGUCGAACGUUAGCUACAGAUAUAACCCGUAAACUAUUACGCGCUGCCCAAGAGAAGUGCCGAACGACGACCACGUCCACGACAACAACCACAACAACCACUACUACAACAACCACCACCAUCAAUCCCAUUUCAGGAUGCGAACUUGAUUUGGUACUCGUAAUGGACUUAUCAACGACUACUAGUCCAGUAUAUGAGCGAUACAAGGAAAUGUCUCAACAACUUAUUGAUAGACUAUUAAUUGGACCAAGAUACACACGUGUUGCGCUCAUUACAUUCAGUUCAGUUGGAAAGUCACGAACACACUUCAAUCUUGAUAGGUAUGAUACGGCACAUCAAGUGAUAGAGGCCAUCAUGAGAGUGGAAUCCAGUGGUGGAACAACUGCCGUCGGUGAGGGUAUACGUCUUGCGGUUGCGCAAGCAGAUGAACGCAUGGGUGCACGUCCGAAAAAUAUUGCUAAAAAGGUGAUGCUCAUCUUUACGGAUGGCUGGAGUAAUAAGGGACCUGAUCCCGAAAAAAUGAGUGACGAGGCUAAAGCGGCUGGCUUUAAACUUUAUUCGAUUAGUUACCAGGGCAAUGGUCAAGCAGAUAAGGAUUCAGCAGGACUGAACGAAUAUACAUUGGAUUCAAUCGCAGACAAUCUCAAGAGUGUUUACAACGAACGUAAUUUUGGUGAAUUGGUUGAGGAAUUAAGAAGCCGUAACUUACCGUGCAUGUGA